AUGGAAAAGUAUAGCAGGUGGGCCGAUCUGACGACGGGGAUCAACCCAUUCGUGCCUCAGCGUUGGCGCUUUGUCUCUGGAUGGCCUGUGACAAUCCUCCAAGUAACAUGUGGCUCUCUCCUGGCAAUUGUGCGGUUCCCGUUGGUGCUCGUGGUCACCGUGGCGCUCGUUUUGGUCAACAUUGUGGUGUCCAUCUUGACCGUGAUCCCGUUUGUUGGGCGACUACUGAAGCGUCUGAUUGAGUACCUGUUGUGCUCUCUGCUGCUCCUCCUCUUUGGCGUCUUUGCUUCGGAAGAAGCUGCUAACAUGCGUCGAUUGGGGCUUGCUACAGGCAAAUCGAAGCGCUCCAAGAGCUCGUCUCGAGUCGGACGUGGUGACGUGGUCGUUUGCAACUCCACGAGCUUCCUCGAGGUGCUGUACCUAGCCAAACGAUUCUCUCCAGUCUUUGUCUAUGCUAUAGACGAAAAGAGUGACACUGGAAACCUCGUACACGUGUGCGGACUGCUCGAAGCGCUGUACCGGUCCCUGACGAUGCCUGUGACUGCUGAACGGGUCAAGCCCACGAGAAAGAUUGCAGACGUGGUACGUCGUGCCUCCGGACCGAUCGUGCUGCUGCCGGAAGGAGCUCGCAGCAAUGGCAAAGCUGUGCUCCGAUUCACUUCUUUGCUGCAGAACCUCUCGGUUCGAACUCGUGUGCACCUGAUGGCGUUCCGUUACGAGUUCAAGCGCUUUAGUCCGAGCCACACUGCAGGUGGUGCGUGGCCUCAUCUCUUCUGGACUGCUUUCCACUUGUACCACACGAUGCGUGUGACGCUGCUGAAUGCACGAGAUUUGGACAUGGACCAUCUGACUUCGGCCAAGCAACCAAGCAGCAGAAACAGAAAGAAGCUAGAAGACUCCGAGACGCUGUCCUCGGAUCAGGUGGAAAAACUGCGCUCGCUAUUAGCCGCAAUGCUGCGAACGAAGACGGUCGAUUUGGGUCUGGAGGAUUUCGUGUCAUUUAACAACUACUGGAACCAUGUAAACAGUGGUGGACGUCAACCGGCAGCACAGUUUACAGACCGCAAGGCUCCUCACGAGCAUGCUCAGUGGGCCAAGAAACCGAUGACUUAG